AUGGCAUUAAAAGACAUUUUAACCAACCUUCGUAACCCAACUAAACGGUUCAACCGUAUAAACUUGGGUGGAUUCAUCUCACCUACUAUACUAAAAUGGAGAGUCACCGAUUUGAUACUUAUUGUUAUUCUAAUCAUAUUAUAUUUUGUACUAUACAACGUCAAACCAUUCCAUAGACAAUUUUACAUCAAUGACUUAACCAUAUCACAUCCAUUUGCCGAAGUUGAAACGGUGGGAAACACGGCAUUGUUCGUGUAUUCAACAUGGAUUCCCUUGGCCAUUGUCAUUGUGGUGUCAUUGUUGUUUACUACGCCACAGUACAAGUUGUACAACACAUAUGUUGCCGUGAUUGGAUUAUGUUUGAGUGUGUUGAUAACUUCAGUGGUGACUGAUGUUUUAAAGAACUGGAUUGGUCGCCUUCGUCCUGAUUUUUUGGCAAGAUGUGUGCCUGAUGCGUCGACUCCAAUUAAUAAACUCGUAUCUAUUGAAGUGUGUACAACUGAUAACUUGGGUUUACUUGAAGAUGGCUUCAGAACAACGCCUUCCGGACAUUCGUCACUAAGCUUUGCUGGCUUGAGCUUUUUGGCAUUGUUUUUACUUGGUCAGUUGCAAGCACCAAAUACUAAAGUUGGAAGUUGGAGGACAUUGAUUGGAUCAGCGCCUUUUUUGAUGGCUGCUUACAUUGCAUUGAGUAGAACUAGAGAUUAUCGUCACCAUUUUGUUGAUGUAUUGACUGGAAGUGUCUUGGGGUUGGGUUUUGGAUUCUGGUCGUACUUGAGAUUGUUCCCUUGGAUUAGUCAUGACAGAAGUUAUGUCAAUUUGAUAAUUAUUGAAGAAGAGGAUGAAGAGAACAAUAGCAAGCUCGAUCAAGAUAAUGAAGCCAACUACACUAGAUUAACCGAUGUAUAG